UGGACUGUGGGCCGGUCGCUAGUCUAUAACUGGACAACCAAUCGCAGUCAAGUUCACACCUACAGGAAUGACCGAGUAACCACAUCUAUGGCUGCGGGAGGAAGCUGGAGCAUCAGGAAACUGCACAAAAGCCCGGAUGAUGGAUUCGCACUCAGACACGUGUAUAAGUUACACGUUAACGUCAAAGCUACUUCUGGGUUAUCAGUGUUAUUCGUAACUUACGGUUAAACUACAAACACGGUCUUCCUCGCGAGUUAACUGAGCGCUAACGUUACAUUUAACGGUGAACGACAAAGUGUGCCAUCUUCAAAUAGACCAGCUUCGGCAUCGCUGACGUCGACGUCAUCAAACCCCCUGUUGUGCUUUACGCUACAAGCAAGCGUGAGUGCAACAAGGAGGGCAGCCCGAGGGCAACUUUUCCGGUGAAACGUCACAAAAAUAGCCUUUGGUGUUGCUCGAAAAUGCGGCAGAUAACGACGGAAAGAGCCGAACAAGAUUAUCAGCGGACGUCGAAAGAAAACGACACCGGUGAGACGACCGUAACCGGCAUGGAAGGACAGGCCGUCCCCGAUCCUAAACAGGAACCGGGCGACAACAACGACAGCAGGAAAGCGGAGACCAGCGGAGUGAGUGGCCGCGAUGCGGCGGAGGAGCACGGAGACGCCCCGUCCCCCGUCCCCGACCAAGAAACCGCUCCGCGUACCGAAAAGUCGGCUGUUGGCGAAAGGGCCCCGAACCUCGAACUGUGUGAAGCCGCGAAAAGUCCCGCACAGGGCAGCUUGGCAAGUAGCACCGAUUUCGCACAAGAGGGCUCCCGGGUGCUGAAACAAGAACAAAGAGAGGGGGGGAACGCGUCCGCCUCACCGCCUGCUGACCACACAAAGACCGCGGACAAGCCUGAGCACGGCAUCAAGAGACGGGCCAGCACGGAGCUCACCUCGUCGGACGGAGAGCCGCUCAGCCGGAUGGAUUCAGAAGACAGUAUCAGCUCCACUCUGAUGGACAUGGAGAGCACAGCGUCCAGCGGUCGCUCCACCCCCGCUAUGCUGAACGGUCACACAGGUGGAGUAGCAGGGAGUGGUUCACUGGUGGCAGGGGGCAAAUCUCUGAGCUACACCUGCUGCUGGGAUCACUGCCAGCUGCUGUUUCCCAGCAGCCCUGACCUGGCUGAGCACAUCAGAGCAACACAUGUGGAUGGACAGAGAGGCGGGGUGUUUGUGUGUCUGUGGAAGGGCUGCAAAGUCUACAACACGCCAUCCACCAGCCAGAGCUGGCUGCAGAGACACAUGCUGACCCACAGUGGAGACAAACCUUUUAAGUGUGUAGUCGGGGGCUGCAACGCCACGUUUGCUUCCCAGGGGGGGCUCGCACGCCACGUCCCCACGCACUUCAGCUCCCAGAGCUCGUCCAAAAUGUCCAGCCAGAGUAAAGUCAAAGAGGAAUCUCCAUCCAAGGCCGGCCUCAACAAGAGGAGGAAGCUGAAGAACAAGCACAGGCGCUCGCUCCCACGACCUCACGACUUCUUUGACGCUCAGACCAUGGACGCCAUCCGCCACCGAGCCAUCCUUCUCAAUCUAGCAACACACAUCGAGAGCCUGGGUAAUGGACACAGUGUAGUCUUCCACAGCACGGUAAUUGCCAAAAGGAAGGAGGACUCUGGGAAAGUGAAGGUCCUGUUGCACUGGACACCUGAGGACAUACUGCCCGACGUGUGGGUGAACGAGAGCGACAGAGUGCAGCAGAAGACCAAGGUGGUUCAUCUGUCCAAGCUGCCCUCAGACACGGCUGUCCUCCUGGACCCGAACAUCUACAGAAUGUUCUUCUGAGCGGCUCGUGGUGACCUCGGCUGUCGCUCCCUCGUCGGUGGGACGUAGAGGGACUUGUUUGUUGUGAUUCGUGUAGCCUCCAGUGUUUUCUACAUUAGGUGCUGACUUUACUGAGUGUAUGUAAGUGUAAGUAACACAACUAGGCUGGAAACUGACAGCUGUAACUGUAGAGAGAAGCAGUCUUUGUAAAUACAGGAGAUUUGUAAUAUAUUUUUAUACUUUGGAUUUUACCUGGACUGUAGAUAGACGUCUUUUUUCUGCCAGAACAUUUUGGAUAUUUUAAAAGAGGAUAUGUUCAUCGUGCAUACACUGACACUGUUCUGUAUGAUGUCAUUAAACUUGUCCAGUGUC